AUGAUAAUAUUAAAGCUGAUUCUAUGUAUGCGUAGAUGGGAUCCAAAUGGCAUAUACAUACUACCAGAUUAUAUGAUGAAAACCGUCUUUUCAAGCUUGCUUGGGAUGUUUUCGAAUAGACAGUUCAAACUAUACUCAAAGGCCAACCUUAGCUAUGCAGAGUGGGCACAAGGAGACAUCGUGCCUACAUUCGAUGAGUACUUGGAGAUUGGUGGUGUUGAGGUGUCAAUGUAUGUAACUGUUUCAUGCAGUUUUCUUGGGUUGGUACAAACUGCUAGAAGAAAAAGUUAUGAGUGGCUUAAAUCCAGACGGCCAAGUCAGUGAACGAAGUGUACUUGAAGUCAAGGAAGAUAAUAUCAGGCGAUAUCUUAUCACGGGCCACUAAUGCUGGAAAAAUGAUAGAUGUGACCUACAGGACCGGUGAAGAAUUCACCCAUCCACAAGGAAAAUUCAAGGACUAUAUCAUCUCUUUAUUUGUCAAUCUUAUUUCUCUUUGAAGAUGAAAUACCA